AUGCCCCGCGAUGCCGCCAUCAACACCUUCCUCAUCGAACUGAAGAAUGACGUUGAUAAAAACGCUGCCUUUUUCUUCGGACUGAUUCGCAUCCGCCAUGAAAGAAGAUGGGAGUGGGAAGACGCUUGUCCCAGUGGGUACACAUACCGUCAGACUAACCGACUGUGCUACAAGGCCUUCAACCGAUUGAGUAAGUACAACGAUGCUAAAGCAACCUGUUCUUCUUACGGCGGAACCCUCGCCAUGCCCCGCAAUGCCGCCAUCGACAACUUCCUCAUCAACCUGAAGAAUGCCGUUGAUCUAAACACUGCCUUUUUCUUCGGACUGAAUUGCAUCGGCCAUGAAAGAAGAUGGGUGUGGGAAGACGGUACUGCUCUUGGAAGUUUCCAUCCGUGGGGUCCAAGAGAACCCAGUGACUCCGGAGGUGACCAGGACUGUGUGGAGUAUGUUUCCGCGACUUGGUAUGAAGCUGCCCUCAGGGACACUUGGAACGAUAUGGCGUGUGCCACCCCAAGGAAGUUUAUUUGUCAGGUCCCACCAACCUAA